CAGGACGCGAUGUGUUCAACAACUUCAAGCGCCUAUGGUGGCCGAACUCUCGACACUCUACCUCCUGAGGUUAAGGAUGAGAUCUUCUCCUAUUUCCUCUUGGGUAAGAACGUCAAAUAUUCUACCAUGGGCAAACGACCAGGCCACAGAUACAAGGUCGAGACUUCGACCAUGCUUGUCAACAAGAGACUCAACCAAGACGCGUCCAUGUAUGUCCGAAGCCACAACGAACUCGUCCUCAUUCAUGCCAGAUGGUUUGCUUUCGAGGUCGACCAAGGCAAAUUUCUCCCUUACGUCGCUAUCGGAAAUGCGGCCAAGACCUUCAAGUUUCCCAUCGCGGAAGCCACCAUCAAGCACCAGCGUACCAAGUGUGGGUGCACCCCUGGCUCAGACUGUUCUGUCAGGCAGCAGCGAGUGCUAGAGAAGACCACCCGUGCUCUCUUGAUGGCCGAGAAUCUGGACAUCUUCGUCAGACAUCUCAAAUUGGGCUACCACAUCUGGCCUAGCCUUCCUAUCUACAUCCACUCAGUGCCUAGUGACAGGCCCGUCAAAUGGUCGGCCAGUCCAGCUCAGACGCACAUUGACUUUGUUUGGAAGAUCAACAAGCCUAUCCGUCAGGACCUUACUCGUGACGAGCUCCACAAACGUCAAGUGAGACUGUUGGCUCCCAUCUCCAAGCUUGUCAACCAUGGACAGAACGUCAAGAUACUUGGUGCCGAACAUGAUCUUGUCUCUAGCACGGUCAGAGCUAUGACCCCACGUAUACUCUCGCUCGAUGCCGUUGGCUGGGAUCUUUUCGACCUCAUCAAGGCUGAAAAGCAGUACUUGGAUCAGAUACCCAGCCAUCAAACAAUCCAGAAACAUGGACUGAGCGACGCCUACCAGUAUAUCGCUGGCCUCGGAUGGUUCUUCCCUGACAACAACGAACCAACCUCGACGGCCUUCGUCUUCAAGGCUGACUCUCUUGGUCUCAACACAGAGGGUGUUCCCUUGGCAUGCUGGUCCAUGGGAACUGGACACAACGACCAAGACACCUCUUGUUGGCAAUACGGCGUACAGAUCCUCAGCCUCGAGUGCACGCUCGCUCAGGCAAAGAUGGCUUUGGACAUGAAGAUGCAUAAUCCUUGCAAGUUCUUCCUCCACUUCUGCAAGAUGAUUCUGAACAUAGGCUAUUUCGCUUUCCCCGACGAGAUUCAGUCGGUCGUCUGUCAUUACGACUGCUUCCUCUCGCUUUGGCAAUUGGGCCAUCAGAGAUGUCUCAGUGCAUACACUGAUGUCAUGCUUGUUCUGGAUAACAUCUUGUUACAAGGCGCCGCCAAUGGGUUCGAAGACGAGUGUGUUCGUCAGGACAGGGACAGAGUUGCCCGCAUUGUUUCGAGAGAAACCGAGAUUUGCAGCCACGACAUACACAACUUCCCCGGUCUCCAUCGCCGCCAGCGUAUCUGGAACAUGAAGGUCAAUCUCCACCGCCCCGAAGCUUCCAGUACGAUAUCACCGGCCCCUGCUUUAUCUCCUAGCCUGGUUGCCUCAAUCACCCGUAUGGCCGACAAACGUAUAACCGGUCAGGGGUACUCGGACGGGGAUGAGGAUGAUGGGGAUGAGGCCGAGCACAGCGACGAGGGUGAUUCGAAUGAGCUUGAGGGAAGCGACAAGGAUGAUUCGGAUAAUGUUGGGGACAGAGACGAGAGUGUUGACAGUGAGGCUGACCACAUGCCUAUUGGUGUCUUUAACCCUCGUCAUUCUCGCGGGGAGAGCACCUUUGCAUUUCACACCGAGACAAGAUCAGAUGGGACGUGAGUCAGCAUCGUAUGUGAUCCGAACAGACGUUGAUUAGCCUCUACUGCAGGCUUUAGAUAUUGUAUGCAGCAAGUGACAAAGGAGGAGAGUCUCAGAUAGUGGCGAGUAACCGGAAAGUCACAUCAGCAGAGUACACGAUACAUCAUAUCAGCACACGCAAAGUCAUCCAACUCAUUCUAUUUAGCAAUCACACAAUAAAACCAUCACAAG